ACCCGGAAAUUAAAACCUGCGCUCAAGAAAUCGGCCACGUGGUUUUCAGAAUGGUUGCUCCUUCUGGGAAGAUCAACCGGCCGCGGACGGAGCUGCGGAAAAAACUCUUCAAAAGGCGGCGUGUCCUGAGCAAGGAGAAGAGAAAGAAACACCGGAUUGUGGGAGCUGUGGUGGAUGAAGAUCUUAUCACCGUUCAUCACCUGAAAAAGCGAUCAUCUAGUUCACGGGCAAACAUUACUCUCUCGGGGAAGAAGAAAAGAAAAUUGCUUAAACAACUGCGUCAUGCCACUAAGGAAAAAGCAGAAAUGCAGGUUGAUGUUUCUCCAGCUCAGAGUGGAAAAAGGAAGAAGAAGAAGAAAAAGGAGAUAACUCCAUCAGACUGUCCAGAUGUUGACAUGGUGGAACCUGCCGUGACACCUGGAUUGGAAAGCUGAACCUGGCUUCUGAAAUCUUGAAACCAAGUUUCUUUUCUGUUUUCCAGCCUACCAAUGACAGCAUUCC